AUGCAAGAAACCGUUACAAACGAGAGAAAAUCUUUAUUUUCUUCAUUCCUUGAAGUCCUCGAAGCGCGGGAAAAACAAGCCCAAGCUGAUCGACAGCUGCAGGAGGAAAAGUAUCAGAGAAGAACCCAAAGAAUAUAUGAAUUCCAUGAGAGACAGCAGCGCGAGGCGGCCGAGCUGCAGCGCUGCGUGGAGUACGUGUCGCAGCACGCGGGGGUGCUGGAGUCGGUGCUGAGGGGCGCGGGGGGAGGAGGGGACGGGGUGCCGCUGUCCGCAGCGCUGGUGAGGCACGCCGCCGCGCUGCAGCGCUGCAUGGCUCAGUGCGUGGCCAACGCGUCGCGCAUCCGACACCUGCUGACGGCCGCCCACCAGCCACAGAUGGACUCCAUGCUCGCUAAGAUGGUGAGUGCUGUAGUGACUUACUGA